AUGGCGAGGCCUGGGGCAUGUGUUGAGGAAACCAUCCAACAACAUUACCAAAGUAGCUCCUUCGAUGGGCACCGGAAGGGAAGAGGAAAACUGGUUUUCAAAAGACCAUGUGGCGAAGGACUGUUGAAAAAAAAACCUCAGGGACCACAAGCUAACUUGAGGAGAACUGGAGAAAAAUGUCUUGGUGUAGACGGUAACAUCCGGGCGGUUCCCACUGAUAACAGCAGUGCUGAUGGGAUAUGUGUCUCCCUGGUACAGCUCACCCUCACUGAGAAUGGGGGCAUGGUACUGGCCCCAACCAACCUUGACCUCAGCUGUACUAUAAAUAGCGAGGACCUCACGGGGGAAAUCAACCUCAUAAGUGGUGUCCCUAUAGAGAUAGCAGACAGGACCCUUAGGAUUUACCAGGGAGGUGUCCCAAGCAGAAAGUUACCCCCUACCCCAGGGAUCACUGUCAAGUCCUCACCCCCACCUAAACCAAAGAGAGAAGGAGAGAUAAUACUGGAAGGAGAAAAAGAGAAGGAAAAGACACCAGUGCCGUUCAUAGACCCUGAACUUCUGAUCAACAUCAAAUCAACAGACAAGCUGGCAGACUUGGCCGCGAGCUUUCUGACCAAACAGAUCAACCAGUAUACAGACACCAAACUGUCGUCAGCAAUCACCGACCAAAUCUUCUCCUUCCUACAGGAGGUAGCGGGUUACCAGCGCGCCGUGAUAGUGGCAUACAUCACCGAGAUAUCUCAGAGUCUCGAAGAGAUGCCCGAUGUUGAGCGAGAUCGACCGCUUCACAAAUCCGUCAGACUGCUAGUGGAACUACUCAGACAAAUCAUGGACCCCCUGUCUCAUGUUGUGUUGAGCCUACAACUGUUGCGGACAUUCAGCCAUUUUUCUGAUAACCUGGUUGUCAUGGUGAACUGUCAGGCCGCGCCAGCAGUGUUGGGUUGUAUGGCCGUUUAUCUGGACGUCACGGAGAUCCAACAGUACGGGCUGGACAUACUGGCCAGAAUAGCCAGCUACCGACCCAGACUGGCAGAAAAAAUUCCCCUGAGAGAGACGGCCCUAGAGAUGAUCCUUCGAUCUAUUCAGCGUCAUCAGAAGAGCAUCCUUAUUGUGCCCCCCGGCUGUAGGACGCUGGUCAAUCUCACCUGGUCAAUUCAGAAAAUCUCAGACAACUUCCUCUCCUCAGACGUGGAAUUUUCACCGGAGGUCGGGGAAGCUGUAGAGAGAUACGACGCGUUACUGAGACACAUCUUCCAGCACGCUGUCCCUGUGAUCCAGUCCGUACUACAGGAAUACCCGAACAACCUGGACGUGAAGACCGAGGGUCGACGAUUCCUGUACAACUACUCUAAAAUGACACAGUUCACGCAAAAGAAAAAGUUACAAUCUCUGUCUAAGUCAACACAAGACGAGGAAAGUCAGGAGCUCACAGAGACGUUAACCACCCCCAAAAUGUUUGUAUCUAACGACCAGGAAGAGGAGCCCGCGGGAAUUCUCAAAAAGACGGAAGAGAAAGGUUACAUGGCUGCCCUGGAUCGCAAAGUCCACUUUGCCGACAAAGAACCACUGGACUCCAUGACCAGCUCAGAGGACGAAUCUGACCUUGACCUUCAGACUACAGAGGUCAAGGCCAGGUUAGAGGUACAGGAGACUGUUAUUCUGAGUGAGGAGGCUGCUGAAGCUCUGAGAUUAAAAUCUGUCGCAAGUCAGGAGGGUGUUCAAAUGAGACGGAAGGAAUCGGAAAAGGAGGAAACACGAGAGAGACGGUACACGUCGGAAAUGAAAAUUAACGUGAGUGGGAAGGGCCAGAUCCAGGAGGUGGUCGCCAAGUGUGGUCAAACAGACAUCACCAUAGCAACCAACCCCACCCCUAGCAACCCAGUGUCCAUAUUUUGUCCUACGGUAAAUUGUAGAGGUCAUGUACGCAACUCAGAGCCCAUUUCUCAACCUGACCCGAUGUUUGAUGCAAAUGAUAUUCCAGCAGAGGAAAAUCGAUCUAAAGGAAUUUUAUCUAAAGACAAUGAAGACACAAAUAGAAAUAAUGAUGGGAGUUCCACUCUUAAUGAAUGUCAGACAAAUAAGCUAAGAGAAUAUGACAGGAAAGAGGAUAGUGCUGUGUUAGAUCCAUCUCGGCAACAAAAAUUAGACACAACAAUUGCUCAUUCUACAAACUCUCUGGACAAGAGUAACACUCAAUCUUCAAACUCACAGGAAAUGAGUAAUUCAAACUCACAGGACAAGAGUAAGGCUCAGUCUUCAAACCCAACGGACAUAAGUAAUGCUCAAUAUCCAAACCCACAGGACAUGAGUAACACUCAGUCUCUAAACUCACAAGACACAAAUAAGACUCAUUCUCUGAUCUCACAGGAUUCUACAGAGGAGGAAGAUUAUGUACCAAUGGAUUGGCCUCGCACUGAUGGCCUCGGGACACAAGAGAACGGAGAGACUUGUGAAGAAGUCUGCUUGAGAGAGAAGUCAGGUCAGAAGUCGGGAGUGUUACGAUACUCGCUGUCAGAUGUGUCGUUAUGUACCAAAGUCAUCAGGCUACAGGUGACUCACCACAUCAGCUCUUUGGUGUUUGAAGGUAAAGAUGCUCAGGCUCUCUCUGUCAUUGACAAACCCCUGCACAGUCUUUUAGAGGUCAGUGGGGCACCACAAGGGUUACAUGAAUAUGUCAAAUCUCAGUACAGUGACAGUAAAACCUUGAUGGACCUUGAUACAGCAUUCCUCAUCAGCAUUAUAGACGCCAUUAGAUACAGGUCUCUCUUUCAUGACCUUGUUCAGAAGAGUGUCCUUGAGGUUAUGAACUGUAUGUUUGGUAAAUACAGCCUUGAUGUCCUUAAGGUGGCCUUGACCUGUUUGACUUCAGUGUUCCAAAACCAGCAUAUCCUGCCACAGUUAUCAGAGUCUACAUUUCUGAAGGAGGCAAAAGGGAUUAUAUCAAAAUUAUCAGGUGUUUUACAAACAGACGUACCAGCAAUACAGGAACUUCACAGGGUUGUGAGUGACAUCACCCCCAUAGAAUGAAAUGUCCCUCAACACCCUGACCGUCUGUAGAAUAAUACACCCAUCUCUUCAGAUCUUACAUGACCCUCCACCCACCCAUACACAAACUAUAGUGGGUUAGAGGGUGUGUGUGAAGGAGACCAUUCCAAUGAGGUGUCUGAAACUAAUUUGUUAUCUAUUUUUUUUUUUUUUUUUUUGGUGACUUCUACAAAACAGAACCUUUUGUGAUUUAAAUCACUUCAGGUCAUGUAUGAAAACAAUAACAUUUAAUUAAUAUAUAAUAGUUUGUUAAGUUUGAUAGAAUGUUACGUUGAAUAAUUACGUUUUACUAAAUGCAUGAGGUGCCAUAAAUUAUUUAUAUGCUAGGCAAUAGUAUUGCGUACUUAUGAAUUUAAUUAAUGGAAUGACUCACUUUACUAAAAAAAAAAUAACUGUUAUAUUACAAAAAUGAACUGGAUUUGUCAAAUCUAGAUACUGACUUUUUAUAAUUACUCCAUUUGUAGCAUGCUUAUUUAAGGUGUUAUGAGGAACUUGGUGCUAUAUAGAUUCUACCACUGGCUGAACGUCAGCUUUUGUUCACUUUGGAAUCACUGUGUUAGAGAUGGUUAUGCUUACAAUGAUUAUAUUGUGACUAGAUAAUAACUGUUCCAUGUCUGUUGGUAUUUACGCAAGUGUUAAUUUGAUAUUGAAAGUUUUUUGACAAAUAAUUUUAAUUUGGUCAAGCAAAUUUUAAUCUGUUUUUUUUUCAUCAUAAUUAUAUGGUAUAUACUUGCAAUUAAUUUCUGUAAAAAUAUACUGUGUAUAUUUAAUACAAGUUUUUUGAAAAAAAAAUGGAUAUACAUGACUAUACAACAUGCUGUAUUAAUAUUGAUCUUCAGUAUGCUUUGAUUUGUCAGAUUUGUUAUGAAAUCCAUAAGGGAUAAUUCAAACUUGUUCAUUGACAACACUGACAAUCCAUUUAAUUAACAUAAAUCCUAAACACCCCCUAAUCUUACCUCAAAAACAAAUGAACUUUUAGCAUGAUCUUACCUAAUUGAACAUAUAACAAUCCACCCCCAAAGAACUUAGAUACAUAUCCACCCACAAAGAACUUAGAUCCAUAUCCACCCACAAAGAACUUAGAUCCAUAUCCACCCACAAAGAACUUAGAUCCAUAUCCACCCACAAAGAACUUAGAUCCAUAUCCACCCACAAAGAACUUAGAUCCAUAUCCACCCACAAAGAACUUAGAUCCAUAUCCACCCACAAAGAACUUAGAUCCAUAUCCAUAUCCACCCACAAAGAACUUACAUCAAUAUCCACAUAUCCACACAAAGAACUUAGAUCCAUAUCCACCCACAAAGAACUUAGAUCCAUAUCCAUCCACUAAGAACUUACAUCCAUAUCCACCCACUAAGAACUUGCAUCCAUAUCCAAUCCCAAAGAACUUGCAUCCAUAUCCACCAUCAAAGAACUUGGACACAUAUCCACCCACAAAGAACUUGUGUCCAUUCUAUCAAACUGAACAUAUCAGAAGCUACCUUAUAAUACAGAACUUGAAUCACAGUCAACCCUUCACAAAACGCUUAGGAUCAGUAUAACCCUAAAAGAAUAUAGCUGAAGAUCCACCCACAAAGAACUUGGAUCGCUAUCAUUCCAUGCCCAACAUUUGAUCUUGCUAAAAAAAAAAAACAUGAAUUAUUAUCAAACUGCUUAUUAAACACUUUACCUUCAUGUGAUAUAUUGUUACGAUUUUUAAAAAUUGUUUUAUUAAUAAUAUUAAUAGUACUACGUAUUAAGUUUGCUGUUAAUUAUAAGCUGUGUAAAAUCAAGCAAAAAACCUCACAUUCCUUAGAUUAUGUGAUUUUACAUGAAGUUGUCUUAUCAUGCUAAUUAGCCAUAAUUUAUUUGUGUUGAUGAUUCUGUUUUAAUAUUUUAGUGUAGAAAUUUUUUAAAUGUUUAACAUUUUUUUAUGUAUUGAAAAUUUAUAUAGGUAGUGCAAAAAAUUUUCAUAUUUUAAGUUCAUUCAAUUUUUUUUUUUUGUUUUGUAUAUAUACAUAGAAAUGAUCAUGUGGGAGAUAUUGUUCAUAUAAAACAGAGUGCAAUAUUAACUAUAAUUUUUAUUGAUAGCUUUAUGAACUGCAAAUUCAACAUGUAUAAAAGGUUUAUUUUUUGUUUAUAUGAAGUACAUGUCAUGAUUGUAUAAAUUGUUCUUGAUUGAAAGUUUAUUUAUGUUUUCAUUGAUAUAUGUAUAAUUAUAAAAAUAUUUUAAAUUUGCUUAACAACUUUAAAUUUUUUUACAUUAAAAGU